UGCUACCCUUCCCAUCCACAACAUGGCUUCCGAAGACAGAGGGAGUCAGCGAGUGACUCGCAAAUUGACCAAGAAGAAGCGAGAGUCGAGGCGCAUCUCGCUCGAUAUCCCAGAGCGCUUCCAAGAUGGAGCUGACGCUGACGACGAUGUCACUGCACCGAAACGUAACAACGCCAUAUCUAUGAAUCAGUCGAUAUUCUCCAUGAUUGCUAGAGCGGGCCAGCAAUCUCAGACUGAUUUGGGACGAAUGGACGAAGUCGAUUCCGGCGAGAGUGACGAGGAAGGAAAACACAAAAUGCCAUAUCACAACUUGGACGGUGCUGCGAGAGUUAGCCGACUGAGCUCUGCUCAUGACUUCAAAACCUUCCCAGACAGCCUUGAAGAUGGGAAAGCACCUCAGGAGAAACAUAAGCGAACGAAAUCGGAUCAUAAGCUGCUAAGAUCUCUGCCGAAAUUACGCAUAUCGAGCAAAAGAGAAUCGAAAUCAGAUGCCACGUCGGAAGAUCGCAUGUCGUCUUCUCAGUUCUUACCUCCGCAAUCAUCCCACCGCGAUCCGGUGACAUCCCAUCAUGGCGAACAGCCGCUGCGCCAUAAGUCAAAGAUCACGCCCGGCCAGGAGAUAUAUGUUGAGAAGCGACGUAGCGUUACAAACAAGAUGAAACUGGGAGGCUCUGGAGGAUUGAUCAAAGGAAAGGGGUCCAUUACACUUGCGCAAAGACUACAGACCGUCUUUGAUUUCGAGGAGGCCGAGGAAGUUAUAUCAGAAUAUCCAUGCUGGCUGUUACAGAGCAUCUUGUUACAAGGUUACAUGUAUAUUACUCAAAAGCACGUCUGCUUUUAUGCGUAUAUACCAAAAAAACAUCAUGAUGUAGGUAAAAGCGGUUAUCUUUCCAAACGGGGACGUUCAAAGUAUAAUCGGUAUUGGUUCACGAUGAAAGGCGACGUGCUCGCCUACUAUACGAAUCCCACCGAGCUCUAUUUCCCUCGCAAUCGCAUCAAUCUACAGUACGCCAUAUCCGCCGAAGUUUUGGAAACGAAGGAUAAAAACAAAGACGAAACCACCUUUAUAGUAGAGACCGACGAAAGAAGGUAUCAGUUCAAAGCCGAUAGUGCCGUGAGCGCGAAGGAAUGGGUGCGUUCGAUACAGAAAGUCAUCUUCCGCACGCACAAUGAAGGAAACAGCGUCAAAAUUUCACUACCCAUACAGAACGUCUUGGAGAUCGAGGAAAGUACAAUCCUCGACUUUGCUGAGACCGUCAAAGUUCGUGUCAUUGACAACGAUGAGACUUAUGCGAUUGAUGAGUACUUUUUCUCGUUCUUUAAUCGUGGCCAGGACGCACUCAAUGUUCUUCGUAUCAUGAUCAACGAUAACGAGCACCAUCAGCCAUCACGAAUGAACGAUCAGAACGCUGUUACACCGACAGUUCCAAGCUCAUCCAAUAAGGCUGAUCCGACAAGGACCUCGAGCAACACGCCUAGUGCUCCUCAUAUUGAAGAGAACGUGCGAGCUACUCUCUCACCUCUACCUGCCCCGCUCGUAGGACGCUCUAGCAUCAGCGCUGAUUCCCGCUCGAGUUUGGAUGUAAAUAGGAAGAGUGUGGACGCGCGCCGUAGCAUGGACGCAAGUCGCACCCUCCGUCGUCCAAGCUACGAAGUACGUCGCAGCUUCAGCGGCACGCGGCAGUCUAAGAACCGUCCAGGGGACAGAUCCCCUCUCUCACCAAAAGUUGUUGAUAAUUCGGAUUCGGCGACAAAUUCCCUGGAUCCUGGCACGGAGUCUUCUGCCGCUAUUCAGUCAAUCGAUGAGAGCAGCGCCUCGGCCAGUCAGAUCCUAGCUCGCUCCGACGUUUUCAACGCACCCGCGCUUCAUUCUCAAGGUAUUGCUGCCUCAGAAAAGACAAACAGCCCAGCGAGGCAGUCACUGGACACAACGCGCUCGACAAACGCUACAUACCCUCAAUCUGGUGUGAAAGACCCGCAAUCUUCACGCAAACCCUCGGGUCCCCCUAGAAACGCCCAGCCUUCACUAUAUAAUCUGGACGUGGAGGACGACCAGGACCCUCAACACUCCGCCGCCCGACUUUCAACCUCCUCAAGCGCUCUUCAAGACAUCGCUUCCUAUCCGCUCAAGCAGGCCUCGGGUAUUGCCGGAUUUCUGCGCACCCGUUCGAAGAAAAUGGGUAACUUACUUGCAACCGAAUCCAUGGGUUACAUUGAGAAAGUAUCGGGAAUGCUAGCAGGAGGGCGCAAGCACUACAACACGGUUGACGGGUUGCAGCCCGACGAUCAAGUUCACGGUCUCGAAGAGGAUGAAGACGCUGCCAAAGCAGCCGAUCAUUUCCGAGAGCACUUUGCUUUCCCAGAAACCGAGCAUUUACAGUCUUCGUAUUUCGCUUCGCUUCAACGGAUCCUGCCCAACUAUGGCAAGAUUUACAUCAGUGGCCGCUACUUUUGCUUUCGAAGUCUUGUACCUACUUUGAAGACCAAGAUCAUACUACCUAUGCGGGACAUUGAAAACGUUAGCAAGGAGAAAGGGUUCCGACUCGGUUAUCACGGUCUUGUGGUUGUUAUUCGCGGACAUGAAGAGCUGUUUUUCGAAUUUUCGAAGGCAGAAUAUCGCGACGAAUGCGCAAUCUCCAUCCUCCGAACGCUGGAAAGCACGAAGUAUAUCGAAGAUGAACGCUCUUCAUCAAGUGAUGCAGAUAGCGAAGAAGAAGCGGCCAAACUAGAGCAUGAUCUUCUCCAGGCAGCUCGCCCAGACAAUGGCCCCGAUCUUACCGCCUCGGAGUCUCAGGUUGUCCGCGCCGCUGACCACGAUCGGAUCCCGCUUGUUUUCGAUGACCCGCUAGCAUCGAUCGUUGACUUUAAACCCCCGGAAGCGCUCCAGAUUGUUUGUUUGACCAUCGGUUCUCGUGGCGAUGUUCAGCCGUAUAUUGCCCUUUGCAAAGAACUCCUGAAAGAAGGGCAUAAGCCAAAGAUCGCGACACACGCGGAAUUCGAGCCAUGGGUUAGGAAGCAUGGGAUUGAUUUUGCACCUGUGGAUGGCAACCCGGCGGAACUCAUGAGGAUAUGUGUUGAGCAUGGUAUGUUCACGUACAAUUUCAUGAAAGAGGCAAACUCCAAAUUUCGAGGCUGGCUCGAUGACGUUUGCAGUUCUGCGUGGAGGGCUUGCCAGGGUGCUGACGUUCUGAUCGAGAGCCCAAGCGCCAUGGCUGGUAUUCACAUCGCUGAAGCAUUGGAGAUUCCAUACUUCCGAGCGUUCACGAUGCCCUGGAGCAGGACAAGGGCCUAUCCCCACGCCUUUUCGGUAUCUGAGAAGAAGAUGGGCGGAGGUAUCAACCUACUAACAUAUGUUGGUUUCGACAAGAUCUUUUGGACAGCUAUCUCUGGUCAAAUCAACAAGUGGCGUCGUUCCGAGCUCGGAUUACAGAACACGUCCCAGUCCAAGAUGCAGGCAAAUUUCCGGCCAUUCCUGUACAACUUCAGUCCUUCAGUGGUUCCGCCGCCGCUUGAUUGGCCUGACUGGAUACGCGUCACUGGCUACUGGUUCCUUGACGAAGCCGACAGCUAUGAACCACCUGCCGAUCUCCUCGGAUUCAUCGCACAAGCACGUAAGGACGACAAGAAACUGGUCUAUGUUGGAUUUGGCUCUAUAGUCAUCGAUGACCCUGCGGCACUCACUAAAACAGUGGUCGACUCCGUCUUGAAAGCCGAUGUACGCUGUGUACUCUCCAAAGGAUGGUCUGACAGAUUGAACCCGAAAGACGCCUCUAAACCCGAAGUGCCGCUUCCACCAGAGAUCUUCCAGAUACAAGCAGCGCCUCAUGACUGGCUCUUCAGGCAAAUGGACGCAGCUGUUCAUCACGGAGGCUCAGGUACUACAGGAGCGAGUCUCCGAGCGGGCAUCCCCACCAUCAUCAAGCCAUUCUUUGGGGAUCAGUACUUUUUCGCGUCCCGUGUUGAAGAUCUCGGGGUUGGCAUAUGGCUCAAAAAGGUCAACACUAGUGUCUUCAGUCGAGCUUUGUGGGAAGCUACGAACAGCCAGCGCAUGGUGAUCAAAGCGAAGGUGCUGGGCGAGAAGAUCCGCAAAGACAAUGGAACGCAAACCGCGAUUCAGACGAUCUAUCGCGAACUCGACCGAGCCAGGGCGCUGGUCAAGAAACACAGCCAACAAGACGACGAGUUUGAUGAAGAAUGCGAGGAUGAUUGGACCAUGAUCGACGACGAAGGAGAAGUCGAGUUUGGCCAACACGAGAUGCCAUCUCCUGUGGCGGGAAUGCGAGCAUCACGCGGUGGAGGUGGGUCUCUCGCAUUAGGCAGCAUGGUGAUGAAGGGGAUGGGUGCAUCGAGAACGUCCGAGUCUGCGCACAGAGAGUAGUUUGCUCCUACGUCCAAGGGUAAUAAUUUUUUUUUCAUUGUUGAUGACGGCGCAGCAAGUGUGGGAUUGUAAUUUGCAUAGACAUGAGAGCAUGAGCAAUGACGGGGUUGAAGAGCAGAAUGGGCUACAUAACAUAGACUAGCUGUGGUGAGUAUGUUGGGAAGGUAGAGGAACACGAGGCGAAGGUCUCGAUGUUGGGGUUGAUAAUGUAUGUAGGACCGAGGCAUGGACGAAUAUAAAGGAUAUGGAUUGCUCGCAGACGAAUACGGGCAAUGGCGCAAGCGGAAUGUGUGUGCGUGCGUGUUCUUUGUUCU